AUGGCGAACCAGGUGCAGGUGCCGGUGCCGGUGCCGGUUCCGGUUCCGGUGCCGGUGCAGGUGCACAUCCGGUCCGUGUGGGCCGACAACCUAGAGGAGGAGUUCUACUACAUUCGUAAUGUUGUGGAGCACUACCCCUUCGCUGCCAUGGACACGGAGUUCCCGGGUGUCAUCCACCUUCCCCAGAAGCACCACACCCAGCUCACCAACGCAGAGCGAUAUGCUCUUCUCAAGGCCAACGUCGACGACCUCCACCCCAUCCAGCUGGGGCUCACCCUCUCUGACGCAGCUGGCAACCUCCCUGACCUUGGCACCGGUGGUGCCGUCCGCUACAUUUGGGAGUUCAACUUCCGCGACUUCGACAUAUACCGUGAUCGCUAUGCCCCCCAGUCCAUCAACCUCCUUAUAGCCAAUGGGAUCGACUUCGAGAAGAACCGGACGCAGGGGAUAGACUCCCGCAUGUUCGGUGCGCUACUUAUGUCGUCGGGACUGGUGUGCAACAACUCGGCUAUGACCUGGAUGACCUUCCACAGUGCCUACGACUUCGGCUACCUGGUCAAGAUCCUAACUGGUCGUCGGCUGCCCAAUUAUCUUGACGAAUUCACGGCCUUGGUGAGGGUUUUCUUCGGCUACAACAUGUUCGACAUGAAGCACAUGAUCAAGUUCUGCCACGGCUUGUAUGGCGGAUUGGAUCGGGUGGCCGGCACCCUCCAGGUCAAUCGAGUGGUGGGCUUGUCCCACCAGGCCGGCUCUGAUAGUUUGCUAACCAUGCAAGCCUUCAAUCGAAUGAAGGAGAUCUUCUUCUUGAACGACGCCGACAAAGACUAUGCCGGAAUCAUCUUUGGAUUGGAAUCUAAUUAG